UAAAGCUGAACAAACCCAAAUGACCGAUUAUCUCUAGACUAGAGAAGGUUUUAGUGGAGCUGAGCUUGAGCAAACAGGAGAUUAGGGUUUUGUGUACUCCAUCAUUUGCCUCUGACCAACGACGAUGAUUUACGACGUGAAUUCUCCGCUUUUCCGCUCCUUCCUCAGCCAGAAAGGAGGCGCCUCCGACAAAAGGAAAACUGAAGAGCAGAGGCCCAAGGAACAGAGGCCAAAAGCAAGUGAUAACAAGCCUGUUAUGAAUGAGUGAGAGCUGCCAGAUGUGAACUUAUUUUAGAUUAUUUGAAAUGUUGUUAAGCAACUCUUUUAAAGAUGUUGAGCACGCAAUUGUCAUUUGAAUAGAUCUCUCUUAAGUUUUUUGGAUCAUUUACUUUUA